UGCAACGCGGGUUAAUACUUUCCCUACUUCCUGUUAGCUUGGACAAGAAAGUGGUCGAUCGGUCAGAAGAAUUACUGAUGUAUUUGAGGAAACGCGUUGCAUAAUAUUCCACGAAGGUGCCCCUCUGGAGUUCAUAAGGUCCUCAAUUAGGAGACAAACAUGAUCCGAUUCAUCCUGAUUCAGAACAGAGCUGGCAAAACACGACUGGCCAAAUGGUACAUGCAGUUUGAUGACGAUGAGAAGCAAAAGUUGAUUGAAGAGGUGCACGCAGUGGUAACUGUCAGAGAUGCCAAGCACACCAACUUUGUGGAGUUCCGAAACUUCAAGAUCAUCUACAGGCGAUAUGCUGGCCUGUACUUCUGCAUUUGCGUUGACGUGACUGAUAAUAACCUGGCUUAUCUCGAGGGAAUACACAAUUUUGUAGAGGUGCUCAACGAGUACUUUCACAACGUGUGUGAACUGGACCUCGUCUUCAACUUCUACAAGGUUUACACGGUGGUGGACGAGAUGUUCCUCGCUGGGGAGAUUCGGGAGACCAGUCAGACCAAGGUCCUCAAGCAGCUCCUCAUGCUCCAGUCCCUCGAAUAGACAAGUGACAUCUUCCUCUUUUCCUCCCUUGGAUGAAGGGGAGUCCAUAGACCUUGAAUUUCUUAGUGAUAUUUUGGGUGUGUUGCACUGCUUGUAACCCCUCAAUAUGAAAUUUUAAUUUGAGAAGUGAAGUGAGUUGUGUCCUCCAGUCACUUGACAAGUGUAUUUACAUCUAGUUCCUCCCAAUUAACAUUCAGCUCAGAGCACGACUAUCAUGAACAAGCACCAUAAUAGCGUACCCGGCACUUUAGUGCAUUUUAAAACCCGCCACUGAUCUCAUAUCAUCCUCACGUGCAUUUUACAUGUGGCUCACUGUUCACUUUAAUUAGGAGGCCCUUCACAGUGGCUCAAAUGACCUUAAUCCAAAUGUGUGAUGACAACCUGUCACGUCGCAAGACGGCCACCCCAUUACAGUGGCAUUUCAAAUAAUGUAGUCUACUACUUGACAAUUAUGACAUGGUGCUUGUUUGUCACACACUUUACAAUGCAGUGCUGUGACGUGUGCGUACUAUGGUUUGUGCAUAUGUAUACAUGUAACUUAUAAUUAUGUUGACUAUGAAAUGAAGCAUUCAUUCCAGAGCACACUACACGUGCCUCAAACAGUAUUUACUUGUUUGAUUAUCAGUUACUUAUUGGCUUCUUAAAACCAACAACUGCAGCUACUUUGCUUCUAAAAUCACCUCUCAUAGCCUAUUAUUGACCAUAUUCAAAGGUGGUUUAUGAUGUUCAUCUUUUUUUUUGUCAAUUUGUGAAAUUUGUACUUCCCUUAUUGUCCCCUAUUCAUUUUUUACAGUGGUCUCCCAGCUCAAAUACACAUCCCAUUAUGUGUAAAUAAAAAUACGAGAACAGUUUAA